GGCAGUCGUCGCUCGGAUCUGAAUCGGGUCGGAUUGCUUGUUUCGCCGGAUAGAUUCGCGGCGAAUGGGCAAGCGUCUUUCAGUCCAUUCCGAACCGUACGCCGGGAUGGUCUUGUUCCUGAUUUUUCUAUUUGACAGUUGCUCCUAAUCGCUCUUCCUCCUGUGCGGUAUUCUAGUCCGUGUUGUGCGCGGAUUAUCGAUCGUUCCUUCUUGAAUAAUUGGCGAGGAUUGUCAGUGCGGUUACCAAUCGUCAUGGAUCGAUCAUCGAAGAUAGUACUUCGGAAGAUCAUCAUAGACAUCGUAUGCCUACUCGUUGUGAGCCUGGCGGUGCUGAUGUUCUUCCUGUUUGGCAAGCCGUUCAAGCGAGGAUUCUUCUGCAAUGAUGAAUCAUUAUAUCACCCGUUUCACGAGUCGACAGUAACCAGUCUGAUGCUCUACGUGAUUGGCCUCUUUGUACCUAUAUGCUCGAUGAUUUUGGGCGAAUAUUUAUACGCGAAACACAGCGACACCGAAUCCUCCAAAAUGUUAUUCGGACGAAAAAUUUAUCCUUGGAUAUGGAAUGCAUAUAAAAAGAUCGGUAUCUUUGGAUUCGGUGCAGCCACGACAGUCUUAGUCACGGACUUCGGGAAAUACACGAUCGGUCGCCUAAGACCUCACUUUAUGGAUCUCUGUAAGCCUGCUAUCAAUUGUACCGCAAUUGCAAAUCAUCACCGGUACUUCGAAGACUUUACCUGCUCAGCUAACAUCUCGUCGAGACUUUUGAAAGAAGUCAGAUUAUCCUUCCCCUCGGGACACUCGUCCUUCUCUGCCUACACGAUGAUCUACCUCGCGUUGUACUUGCAGUUGAGAAUUACGUGGAAGGGCAGCAAAUUGCUGAAGCAUUUCCUUCAGUUGUUGUGCAUCUUGAUGGCCUGGUACACGGCACUUUCACGAGUUUCUGAUUACAAACAUCAUUGGAGCGACGUCCUGGCCGGCUCGACCCUUGGUACUGUCAUGGCACUAGUCAUGGCGAACUGCGUGGCGAACCUGUUCAAGGAACGGAGAAAUUGCCUAACGGAGGAGAAUCACCGGGCGACCGAUUACGAGGCAGGAGCCGGCACACAGGCCAAAUCUUCCGGGUUCUCCUUGUACAGAAGCGUAAAAAGGCGAUUUAUAACAUUCGACGCGAAAACAUUUGUCAAAAAGCAAUCGUGACGUAUGUAUUUUGUAAUUUUUAUACAUCGCACUAAUUGAAGUCCAUACGCGAUCAUACUAAAAACGACGUGCACGAAUUAUUUCAUCUUUCAUCCAAUAAUACGUUCAUGCAAUUACGAAGUUUUGUCAAUAUUUUACAAUUGCGCCGUAACCAAUCAUUGCUAAUCUAAAAAGUAUACUAAUUAAGAUUAAACGUUUGCGAUUAGAAAUAACAAAAGUGAAUGUUGUAGUAUAUAUGCCACACAAACUUGGUUUUGUGUUAUCAUUAUUAAUGUUGUUAUCAUUAUUCUGAAGAAUUACAACAAUCGUAACAGUUUCAAACAAA